ACAAAAAAAAAAAAAAAAAAAUCAUUUUCUUCUGCUUUCCCAUUUCUCCCUCUUCCUCCGUUGAAUCUUCAAUCAUAACUAAUAAUAAGCUUUUUAAAACCCCCAAACCUACCCCUUCAUCUCUAGGGUUUUCAUUUUAUUGAAGGAAGGGGGGGAAAAUAUUGAUCCAGGGUUUAUUCUCUCGUUCCUUCCCUUCUUCGAUAAAAUCUAGGGUUCUGAUGGGAAAUGCGGACGCCGACAGCCACAGCGGCGGCGGAAGCGGCGGGGCAAUUGGGAUUGCUGCUGGGUGUGCUCUGAUCGCCGUCUCUUGGCAAUUGCAGCGACGCUCCGGCGAGUUAUGGAAAGAUCCCUCUUUUGGGGAUCUUUUCCAAGAAGCCAAUCGAGUGCCCACCGGGAUCAAGAAGGUACACUGGGAUCGUGGAGGGCUGUACUUGCGAUUAUGAGACUGCAGAUUUUGUGAACGAGGAGGUUUUGCGUCCGAUUUUACAAGAGCUGGUCCCCGCUCCGUUCUUCCGAUAUUUUAAGGUUAAAUUGUGGUGUGACUGCCCCUUUUGGCCUGAUGAUGGGAUGUGCCGUCUUAGGGAUUGCAGUGUUUGUGAGUGUCCUGAGACUGAAUUCCCUAAGCCAUUUAAGAAGCCCUUUCAAGCACUUUCUGCCGAUGAUCUGAAGUGUCAGGAAGGAAAAUCAGAGGCUGCCGUUGAUCGCACACUCGAUAACAAAUCUUUUAGGGGAUGGAUUGAAGUUGAUAAUCCUUGGACCUAUGAUGAUGAGACCGAUAAUGCUGAGAUGACUUAUGUAAAUCUUCAGCUAAAUCCUGAACGCUAUACUGGUUAUGUGGGUCCAUCAGCUAGGAGGAUAUGGGAUGCUAUCUACACUGAAAACUGUCCAAAAUAUCCUUCCGGUGAAUUUUGUCCAGAGAAAAAAGUACUGUAUAAGUUGAUUUCAGGAUUACAUACCUCAAUCUCGGUUCAUAUAGCUUCUGACUAUCUCCUUGACGAAGCCAAAAACCUGUGGGGGCCAAAUCUUAAAUUGCUAUAUGACCGUGUUUUGCAACAUCCUGAUCGUGUCAGAAAUUUGUAUUUCUCGUUUCUAUUUGUUUUGCGGGCAGUAACAAAGGCUGCAGACUAUUUAGAGCAGGCUGAAUAUGACACUGGGAACCCUGAAGAAGAUCUGAAAACACAAUCGUUAGUGAGGCAGUUAGUCUACAACCCUAAGUUGCAGUCUGCUUGCCCUCUUCCGUUUAAUGAAGCCAAGCUUUGGCAAGGGGAAAGUGGACCUGAAUUGAUGCAACAGAUUCAAAAGCAAUUCAGAAACAUCAGUGCAUUGAUGGAUUGUGUAGGCUGUGAAAAGUGCCGCCUAUGGGGGAAACUUCAAGUUCUGGGUCUUGGCACAGCAUUGAAGAUUCUGUUCUCAGUCAAUGGCCAAAGUACAAAGAAUCAGCCUUUGCAGCUGCAAAGGAACGAAGUAAUUGCAUUCCUGAACCUUUUGAAUCGUCUAUCUGAAUCUGUUGACUUUGUUCGUAAAAUGGCCCCCCAGUUUGACAAAUUCAUGGAAGGCCAACAUUAUCAUCCAGCUGGUGGAAGUGUUUCUCUGUAGCCUAGAAACAUUCAAAUAGUUAUUGUUGUAAGAUUUUUGAAUCUGAACCGUGUUCUACUUCUAAAGCUCUUAGAGCUAUACUAGCCACACUCGUGCGUAAGCCCCACGCUCGAGUGUGGCUAGCCCCGCUGAAAGUUCUGAACUCAAGUAACAGGUUGGUUCUACUAGAUGUUUCACAUUGUGAUGAGAUUCAUCUGGAAAAUUGGCAUGUAAUUCUUUUUGGACGUAUAAUGCUAUGGUGGGAUUGGGACACAUGAGCAGUUCAGCAUGACAGAGGAUGUUUUGAGGCAUCAACGAGAACUGAACUUCAAAUAUGUCUGAGUUUAACCAUUAUAUGUUAGAUGAGAAACGAUGGCGUGCUUUUGCUCUGCUCUCCCUUUAGCUUUAUCUAAAUACUUCUGCAAAGUCAACUUCUCGUUGCACUUGAUAUUGGAUCUGUGUUCUUAUACGAACGGUUGUUAAGAAGAAGAAGAAAAAUGCACGUGUAUUACUUCUUGUCCUCCUA